AUGCCUGCUACAGCCAUGGGCGAAGAUAAGGGCAAGGGUGUGGCUGCCGACAUGGAAGUGAUGUUCGACAUGUCGAAGAAGGAGCAGGGGAACCCAGCCAACAACUACAAAAAGCUACACCGGCGCAUCAAGCAAGACUACAAGGUGUCCACCAACAAGGAGGUCAUCAACCUCGAGAGGCUGCGGGCCGCCAACCUCGUGAUCUUCGCGGGGCCUCGGGAGAUGUUCACCGUCGAUGAGUUCACAGCCUUGAAGGACUACCUUGCAGAUGGUGGCAGCGUUCUCUUUCUGGUUGGAGAGGGUGGAGAAGGCAAAAGCAACACCAACGUGAACUACCUUCUGGAGGAGUUUGGGAUGAGCGUCAACAAUGAUGCUGUUGUCCGAACCGUCUACCACAAGUAUCAUCACCCCAAGGAGUGUCUCAUCACUCAUGGUACUAUCUGCCGUGACUUAGUCCGAUCGGCCAACGGGGAGAAGAAAAAGGAGAAGGAGAAUAAUGACAAGCUUGCUUUGAACAUCACGAAGGAGGAUGCAGAAACAGUCACCCUCACCAAGGAUGACGGCGGGCUGGAAUUUGUUUUCCCAUACGGGGCAACGCUCAACGCACAGAAGCCUGCGAUUCCCAUCCUCUCCUCUGGGCCGAUCUCAUAUCCGCUGAAUCGCCCCAUUGGCGCCAUUCAUAACAAGGUGGGCAUGGGCAGGAUUUGCGUUAUCGGCUCUGUCCACAUGUUCGGUGAUGACUUCCUCGACUGUGAAAAGAACAGACAGCUAGUCGACACCCUUGUGCGAUGGUUGUUGAGGCUUGGGGACUGUGAGCUCAGCUACGCGUAUGGCGAGGAGCCAGAGCUCAGCGAGUACCAUCACAUCCCUCACACGCAGGGACUGGCCAUGAACCUCAGGAGCUGUCUCCAGGAGAAUGAGCAGCUGCCAAGGGAUUUCACCCAGCUCUUCGAUGACAGCCUCUUCAAGUUUGACACAGACUUGAUCCCAGAGGCUGUCAAGCUAUACCAUCAGCUGGGUGUCAAGCAUGAGCCGUUGACACUCAUUCCCCCGCAGUUUGAGACUCCGAUGCCUGCGUUGCAGCCAGCAGUGUUCCCUCCGUGCCUGCGGGAACCGCCGCCGCCCAGUCUCGACUUGUUCGACCUGGACGAACAGUUCGCAUCGGAGCGGGUGCGUUUGGCACAGCUCACCAACAAGUGCACGGAUGACGACCUGGACUUCUACAUCCGUCAGGCGGGGGAAAUCCUCGGCGUCUCGCAGAAGUUGGGCGACAAGCGAUCUUCCAAAGAUCCGGCCAAGAAGAUUGUGGAGUACAUCUUCAAGGAGCUAGUUGGCUUCAAGAAAAUGAACCAAGACAUGGUGCCAUCCGUUGGCAUCUCUGAGUGA